AUGGAUCGAACUUUUGUCUUUGAACUGUUAUCUUUGCAGGUGCCCUUGAACCCAUCCUAUCAGGUAAAGGAAGUGGAGUUCACUAUACUAAAGGUCCAGUGUAAGGCAGUGGUAUGUCCAACCAGCUUUAAAACCCAGAGAUUUUGUGAGAUGCUGAGGGAGAUUUGCCCAGAGAUUGGCACAACACAAGGAGGCAAAUUUAAAAGCUCCAGGUUGCCAUACUUGGAAAUGGUGAUUGUGACCGACAGCAGACAGCCAGGGAUGCUCCACGUAGAUGAUGUGAUGCAAGCAGGGGAGAGUCGGCACCACAAAGAGCUGAUGGAUCUGCAGAGCAAGCUUUCCUUUGAUGACCCCAUCAACAUUCAGUUUACAUCAGGUACGACUGGGAACCCAAAAGGAGCUGUGCUUUCCCACCACAACAUUGUAAAUAAUGCCUACUUCCUGGGCCUCCGCGUCGGUUACGGAUGGAGACCUCGGGUGCGAGUGUGUGUGCCUGUUCCAUUCUACCACUGCUUCGGCUCCGUGCUUGGAGGAAUGAGCAUGGCAGUUCACGGCAUCACGCUAGUUUUUCCUUCCACAGCCUACAACAGCUGUGCCAAUUUAGAGGCCAUUCAAAGUGAAAAGUGCAAUUUUGUGUACGGUACCCCCACCAUGUUCACUGAUCUGCUAAGCCAAGAUUUACAAAAAUAUGAUUUGUCUUCAGUUGAAGCUGGGGUCAUGGGAGGUUCUCCGUGCGUGGUUGGAGUGAAAGAUUGGCGGCUGGGCGAGCAAGUUUGUGCUUGCAUCAAGCUGAAGGAGGGUCAGAGUUCCAGUGCAGAAGAGAUAAGAGCUUUCUGCAAAGGCCAGAUUUCUCACUUCAAGAUCCCACACUAUGUGUUAUUUGUGGACAGCUACCCUCUCACGGUCUCUGGAAAGAUCAAGAAGAACAUAUUAAAGGAAACAAUGGAGAAGAAGUUGGGCCUUUAA